AUGGCCGUGCAGGUUCCUCUGUGGCACCAUUACCUGCAGGCGGUGCGGUCUCGCGCGGCGCCCCGGGCCCAGGACUUCCAGCGCGCGGAGGACGUGCUGCUCACGGUGCUGGAGCGCGUGCACGCCCUGGACCCCCGCUUCCUUGUCGAUUACUCCCGCGACCUGGGGGCCUUCCAGUUCGCGCUGCGCUCCUCCGAGGAGCCCCUGAGCCUGGAGGUGCCCCUGGGGCUGGAGACCGAGGCUUUCCUGAUGGAGGAGCCGGCUGCCACCGAGCCCGGGGACAGCCCUGCGUGGUGCCGCCUGGGCGUCCCCAAGGACGGUGCUGGCCUGGAGCGGUGGACAGCGGACGACGUCUUCAGCGCCAGUUCAGAGAGCGGCUCCCAGAGCUGCGGCCACAUCGUGCCCAGCAAGGUCCUGUGCGUCCUCAAGGGCCUCCUGGUGGCCGCCAUCGUGCACUGCAAACAUCACAACCUCAUCGCGCCAGGCUCGCUGAACGCGUCCAGCCUGCAGGAGGAGGAGCUCCACCUGUCCCUGCUGGUGUCCAGUGGCUGGAGGACCAUCCGCUUCAACGUGGUGCCAGUGGUGAGGAGGAGGCACAGGUUAACCACCCCAGAGGGGACCCUGCUGGCAACUGGCUUCCCCAUGGGCUGUCUGGAGAGAAUUCUGGGCCAGGGGAUGGACCUGGUGCCAGCCAGCGCCCAGCACUGGAGGGUCUCCACCGACCACCUGCUGACAAAGCUGCUGAGCGUACUGGGCUCCCUUCCUGGCCACCGCCUAGACAGCCUCUCCAUCCUGGACCGGGUCAACCAUGACAGCUGGAGGGACGAAGGCCAGAGUGCGGGCCUGACCUUCAGCCACCUGAAGAUGGUGCUGCUGUGGGCCUCAGUGCUCUUCCCGGCACCCGCGGACUGGACUGACCUGGAGGGCUCCGUGUACCGUCUGCUGGUGGUCUUGCUCUGCUGUCUGGCCACCAGGAAUCUGCCCCACUUCCUGUGGCCAGCAUGCAACCUGCUGCAGGCCAGUGACCUGGACCUUGGUGCCCUGUACCAGCGCGUGGAGCGCUUUGCCAGCCAGCCCGAGGCCUCCCUGCGCAUCCACAUCACCCACCUGGGCCCCACCCUACCGCCGCGCAUCGACAACGGCGUUAAGUCUCUGCUGCAGCUGCCCGCCAGCGACCCAGCCUACUGGGUCACCGCCUACUUCGAUGUCCUGCUGGACAAGUUCCAGGUCUUCAACAUCCAGGAUCAGGACAGGAUUGCAGCCAUGCAGAGCAUCUUCCGGAAGACCAAGUCUCUGGGCGCUGAGGAUAGCUGA